UUUGCCAUGCUUGUGCUUCAAAAUUUCCUUCAUUUGUUUCUCCGUUCUAGGGUUCAUUCUACAGACGACGUCAUGGCAGAUAGCUUACUAAGUUUUGUGCUGGAGAACUUGUCUCGGCUUGUGCAACACGAAGCCCAUUUGCUAUGUGGCGUGGAGGACAAAGUGAAUUCCCUUCAGAGCGAGCUCAGAAUGAUGAGUGUCUUCCUCAAGAGCUGCGAGCAGGACAAGAUGAAGAAGGAAAUCGAACAAGAGGUUGUGCGUCAGAUCACAGAUGUCGCACAUGAAGCUGAGGACGUCAUCGACACCUUUGUUGCCAACGUUGCCAGAUACCGAAGGAGAAGUUGGUUGUCCAGGAUGUUCCAUGGCGUUGACCAUGCAAAGCUGCUACACCAUGUUGCAGAGAAAAUAGACAAUAUUAAAGCCACCAUCAAUCAGAUUUAUGAGAACAGAAUCAAAUACGACACCCAGGAAGCAGCAAGAUCUUCAACAGAGGAAUUACAACUAUUGCAUAAGCGUAGGAGGGACGUGGAGGAAGAAGAUGUGGUGGGGUUUCACCAUGACUCAACUGAAGUAAUCAAUCGCCUCAAGCAAGGAGCUUCACGUCUUGAUGUGGUGUCCAUUUUAGGUAUGGGCGGAUUAGGUAAAACUACUCUUGCUCGUAAGAUCUAUAACAGUCAUGAUGUCAAGAAUUACUUCGAUUGUCGUGCUUGGGUUUAUGUGUCUAACGACUAUAGACCUAGAGAGCUUUUGCACGCCCUUCUUAAAUGCUUGACGUCAAUCUCUGCAAAUACAUGUUAUGAAAACAGCAAUAGCAAGCAUAAGAAGAGAUCAAAGGGCAAAGGCAAACUUAAAUUCGAGGAUGAUUAUGGUUUGAGUGAGGAGGAACUGAAAGACAAGGUGCGAGGGUGUUUAAAAGGGAAGAGGUAUCUUGUAGUCUUGGAUGACAUAUGGAAACCUCAACAUUGGGAUGACCUACAAUGUGCUUUUCCAGAUUACAAUAAGAGCAGUAGGAUCUUGAUUACCAGUCGUUUGAAAGAGGUGGCUUCUCAUGCCAGCUCAUCUCCUCCCUACUAUCUCCCUUUUCUUAAUGAAGAAGAAAGUUGGGAGCUUUUCUCAAAGAAGGUGUUCCGAGGAGAGGACAUGCCUUCAAAUCUAGAGCCGCUAGGUAAGCAUAUGGUAAAAAGUUGUGGUGGCUUGCCAAUCUCCAUUGUGGUGCUAGCAGGAAUUCUGGCAAACAAGGAUAAGACAUUCCGAGAAUGGUCUAAGAUCAUGGGCCAUGUCAACUCGUAUCUCACCCAACCAGAGACCCAAGUCCAGGAUAUAGUACUUAAACUCAGUUAUGAUAGCUUGCCUCGAAGACUGAAGCCAUGCUUUCUAUAUUUUGGCAUGUUUCCUGAAGAUUACGAGAUUCCUGUUAGACGCUUGAUCCAGCUAUGGGUUGCAGAAGGAUUCAUUCUUCAUAAUGGUUCCAGAAUUGCAGAGGAUGUUGCAGAGGACUACUUGGAUGAGCUCAUUGAUCGUAGCUUAAUCCAAGUAGGGAGAAGGAGAAGCGAUGGGGGAAUCAAGACAUGUCGUAUCCAUGAUCUUCUAAGAGAACUUUGCAUAUCUGAGAGCAAGGAGGAAAAGGUUUUUGAAGUUUGUAGGGAUGUGGACAUUCUGGAGCAAACCAAACCUCGCAGGCUAUCCAUUCAAUAUAGCGUGUCUGAUUAUCUUGUUUCAAGCAACAAAGAUCAUUCUGGUACUCGUUCUGUGCUCUGCUUUUAUCGAGACUCCUACUACCACCUUGAUUCAAACAAGUCAAAAAGGCUUGUGAAAUGUUUUCAGCUUGUUCGAGUGUUGGAUUUGGGGCUUCCUAUUUACCACUGUAAUAAGAUCCCUCCCCAUUUGGACAAGUUCGUGCAUCUAAGGUACUUAAGAAUAGACAUAGAGACAAGCUUUGGUCGAAUUUUUGUCAGGGAGAUUCCUAAAUUCCUAUGCAAUCUUUGGAAUCUAGAAACAUUGGACUUGGGGCGUUCACAUUAUAAUAUAUCCAUACCCUUCACCAGUGGAAUGUGGAAGCUCAAGAGACUGAGGCAUCUUCAUACGGCUGGACCUGUGGUCUUGCCUGAUUUUCCAGAUGUAGAAAGUAAUAUCAUGUGGAAUCUACAAACCCUAUCCUGUGUCGCCAUAAACAAAAAAUCAGCUGUUGUGUCUCUGAUAGGGAAAGGUGUAUUCCCAAAGCUAAGGAGAUUGGGGUUGCAUUUCUAUGAGGAUAACAAGCAUAAACAAGGGCUUGGUCAAUUGUGGAAAAACCUUCCAAACCUCAAUUAUCUGAAUGCAUUGACGAUUUAUGGUUGUCCAGAAAUUCCAACGUCUGUCAAUGCCUUUCCUUUCAACCUUACCAAACUAGCAAUCUCGAGCAAGAACACGAACUUAAGUAACGAUGUCAUCAGGACUUUGGGGAGUCUUUCCAACCUCAGAAUUUUGAAACUAUCUUCAUGUGAGUUUUUGAUAGCCUCAAGAUCUGAGUUAGAGCUUUGUUGCAUUGCUGGGUUUCCCCAACUAGAAGUGUUUCAAAUGAGACAUUUGGAGCUCUAUCGCUGGGAAUUAGGUAAAGAUGUAAUGCCAUGCCUCAGAUGUUUGAUCAUCGCAGAGUGUCGGAGGUUGACUGCUCUCCCUAACGAGCUUUGGUCCCUGACUUCCUUACAAGAGGUACAAGUAGUAGGGCCCUCUGAACGGCUAAAGCUGCAACUCCAAAGUCAACCCAUGAGAGAUGGUUGUAAUCUCGUUAUCUCUCAACCGUAUUGGGAGCGUGUGCUUAAUAAUGCCAUAUAAUCAAUUAUGCAAAACCUAAACCAUGAUGUGUUUAGAUUUCAGUUGUAUACAAUUGAUUAUGAAAAAAAUUAAUUAGUAUGAUUAAUUUUGAAUAUAAUUGAUUAUAUUAUGUGAUAUAUAUAA